AAAAAAACCCUAAACGGCUAGCCUCAGGUUGGGAGUCAAAAACAGCAGUCCCAAAUCCACAUGGUGGCUGUGCUAUGUGCUAUGCGAUACUAAUCCGCUUCCGCCGUUACGCUUCUUCGUCUUCUGCAUUUUCCCCUUCCCGGCUUCGUAAAGUUCUCUCUUUUGCCUCCUUCUCCUCCGCAUCGCAGUCCACAUUUCAAGCAUCAGCAGCCAUGGUGGCUCAUGCGAAAGACGAAGCCUAUCUCAACACCACCAUCCCCAAGCGUAUCAAACUCUUCGAGGCCAUCAAAGCUCAGCAACUCGCUCAUCGCCAAUCCCUCCCAGCCGAUCCCAUCAAGAUAACUCUGCCGGACAAGAAUGUCAAGGAAGGGAAGAAGUGGGUGACCUCACCCAUGGAUAUUGCCAGAGAAAUUUCCAAGAAUUUGGCUGCAAAUGCUUUGAUUGCCAAAGUGAAUGGGGUCCUAUGGGAUAUGACAAGGCCCUUGGAAGGUGAUUGUGAGCUUCAGAUUUUCAAGUUUGAAGACGAUGAAGGACGUGACACUUUUUGGCAUUCCAGUGCUCACAUUUUGGGGCAGGCCCUUGAGAAGGAGUAUGGAUGUAGGCUCUGCAUUGGGCCCUGCACCACUAGAGGAGAGGGAUUCUAUUAUGAUGCGUUUUAUGGUGAAUUGAGUUUGAAUGAUGAUCACUUUAAGCAGAUAGAGUCUGAAGCUUCGAAGGCUGUUAAGGAGCAACAGCCAUUUGAACGUAUUGAAGUAUCAAAGGAUCAAGCACUUGAAAUGUUUUCUGAUAAUAAGUUUAAGGUUGAGAUCAUCAAUGAUUUGCCUGCAGACAAAACCAUCACAGUAUACAGAUGUGGUCCCUUGGUUGAUCUUUGUCGUGGGCCCCAUAUACCUAACACAUCCUUUGUGAAAGCACUUGCUUGUCUAAAGGCUUCCUCAGCAUAUUGGAGGGGGGACAAAGACCGUGAAAGUUUACAGAGAGUUUAUGGGAUAUCUUAUCCUGAUCAGAAGAGUUUGAAGGAAUACAUCAACCGGCUGGAGGAAGCUAAAAAGUAUGACCACAGACUGUUGGGAGUAAAACAGGAACUAAUUCUUCAUCAUGAGUGGAGCCCAGGCAGUUGGUUUUUUCUUCCCCAUGGCACACGGAUUUACAACAAACUGAUGGAAUUCAUUCGAAAUCAAUAUAGGGAAAGAGGUUACCAAGAGGUUAUAUCUCCUAAUGUAUAUAAUAUGGAGCUGUGGGAGCAAUCUGGACAUGCUGCAAACUACAAGGAGAAUAUGUUUGUCUUUGAGAUUGAAAAGCAGGAGUUUGGGUUGAAACCAAUGAAUUGCCCAGGUCAUUGCCUGAUGUUUAAGCACAGAGUUCGCUCAUAUAGAGAACUUCCUCUUCGACUGGCUGAUUUUGGGGUUUUACAUCGUAAUGAGGCCAGUGGUGCCCUGAGUGGAUUGACUCGUGUUAGGAGAUUUCAGCAGGAUGAUGCCCAUAUCUUCUGCAGGGAGUCACAGGUAAAGGAGGAAGUGAGAGGCGCCUUGGAUUUUAUCAACUAUGCCUAUAACGUAUUUGGUUUCACCUAUGAUCUGAAGCUUUCCACGAGGCCAGAGAAAUACCUUGGAGAUUUAUCAACAUGGGAGAAGGCUGAAACCGCGCUUAAGGAAGCUUUAGAUGAGUUUGGGAAGCCUUGGCAGAUAGAUGAAGGGGAUGGUGCAUUCUACGGACCAAAGAUAGAUAUCAGUGUAUCUGACGCUCUGAACAGGAAAUUUCAGUGUGCAACUUUGCAGCUUGACUUCCAGCUUCCUGAUCGUUUUAAGUUGGAAUACUCAGCUGAGGAUGAAGCCAAAAUUGAAAGACCUGUAAUGAUACACAGAGCCAUUCUAGGAUCUGUUGAGCGCAUGUUUGCUAUAUUAUUGGAGCAUUACAAGGGUAAAUGGCCCUUCUGGCUCAGUCCUCGGCAAGCGAUUCUAUGCCCUGUGUCCGAGAAAUCACAGUCUUACGCAAUUGAGGUGCGAGAUAAGAUUCAUCGAGCAGGUUAUUAUGUUGAUGCGGAUACAACUGAUAGGAAGAUUCAGAAGAAGGUGCGUGAAGCUCAGUUAGCACAAUACAACUACAUACUGGUGGUUGGAGAGGAGGAAGCUAAGACCGGACAGGUAAGUGUACGGGUUAGAGAUAACUCAGACCACAAGGUUAUGAGUAUUGAGAGCCUACUCACUCUCGGUGAUGAAGUUGCAGCUUUCCAUUGAGCAUUUCCUCUGAAAACUGUUAAAGCACGCUCUAUCUGUCAUUUCAUUCUUUCAUAUACUCUAGUGUACAUUAUUUAUAAACCCAACCAAUCUCAAUUUAGCCUGUUUGUGUGGCAAAAAAAAAAAAAAAAAAGAACAAUUUAGCCUGUUUGAUUUUCAGAUCUCAUGUGGAUAUAGAUCAAUGAUUUAACCUUCUUUUGUGCCCAUAUCACAAUGCAAAGGCGUCUUAAGUAAUACUUUUUUUUUU